CCUCCGGUUGAAAAACGAAAGAAAUUAGUUCGUGGUACUGGACGCCCACCUCCAGAGUGGGGCCGACGUACCAAUGAGGAGCUAGAAUCGAUUCGGAAAACCUUAGAGCCGCCUCGCUAUCGUGAGCAAGUAACAGUAGAAGACGCUCGACCUCCGGUACAACCAAAACCUCUAAAAGUUCCUGGUGAAUCUGAAGAGGAACUCGAUGAGACAGAAGAACCUGUCAAGGAACCUGAAGUUGAGCCUGAGCCAGAACCUGCACCUCCUCCACUAUCAACUAAAAGCAAAAAGCAACCUGUCGCACCGCCGAAACCUGCAGUAAGUUUAUAG